AUUUUUAGAACACGACACUUGAAUUCCAAGAGCAAUGAACGAUUUCUUUAAAUCACCUCACCUAAUCUGGUGGAUUCUUGUACCAGUUGCUCUACUGAUCAAUUUUAUGACGUGGUAUGAUGCACAUUGGUUUGGUCAGUUCGGUAUGCCGGGAAAAUUUCUGGAACUUCUAGGGUCACGUUUCCCCUCAUUCUUCACAGCAACCAACAUUCUCGCAUUGAUAGCCCACUUCGGGGAAUCAUUGUACUCGUUGAAACUAUGCGAUCUGCUGCACAUAUCACGAAAUAAUGCCCUGAAAUGGAUGUUGCAAACAUUUAUUCUUGGCUAUCCAUCACUACAAAUACUCCUCAAUCGAAAUACAACGUAUCGGCAUCGUUGA